CUCCAUUUUUUCUCCCGUUCUCCUGCCCUCUCCUUCUUUUUUCCACGUGCUCGCGCUAGGUGCCGCGGGCAGAAGAGGAAACGCUGAGGAAGAAAUGUCCUCUCUGUCGUCGCUUCCGGCCUUUCGCGAGAGAGAGCAGCUGGCAGGGGCAGCGCGAAGGCGGAGGCGAGCAAGCUCUGGGGAGGAGCGCGUGUGAGUGUGUUGAGUAUCUUUCGCGGAUGAUCGCCUUUUUCAGCGUCUAAAUUUUUGUCAACAAACUUCCCGCAGCUUUCGCGCACUACUAGUCUGUCUUGGUUUGUGGCACACUGCUCUCCGCCCCCACCCUCCAACAUCGAGGUCGCCGCGCGUACCCCACAAGCGCCGACCGCUUUCUUCCCUCGCGAAAAGCAGGCAGCUCGCGACUUUCUCUUUUCCCCAGAACUUCCUUUCUUCUUCGGGACUUCUCUUCAACAUUUACGCCUCCCGUUUUGCCGAUUCUCCGGCCAGGAACUCCCCACUUGCUCACAAGCUCGUUUUCGCCGCGUCCUUCGCACUCUCUUCUCCAGAAUGACGGCAGUCGAAGAACGAAAACAUCUUUCUGCCUCCUCGGUCGACAGCGAGAGCGACGAGGAAUGUCCGAAACUCGAGGAGGUGAAUCAGGAGGAAGACGCGGGCACCCCCGAGGGAAGAAGCAAGCAGAGCCGCAACGAGAAGAAAGCGAGAAAGGCUGUUCUGCGGCAUGGCAUGAAACAUAUGCCUGGAAUCGUCCGGGUGAUGAUCCGCAAAAGCAAACACAUCCUCUUCGUCGUCCCCAAGCCCGAUGUGUACAAGAGCUUGGCAUCUGACACAUACGUCAUUUUCGGAGAGGCAAAGAUUGAAGACUUGAACAGCCAGGCACACUCUGCUGCCGCGCAGCGCUUCACACAGGCGGCGAACGCGCAGUUCCCUGCGAACGGUGCAGCGACCGCCGCAGACUCGAAGGAGGCUGAGGGAGAGGUCGACGAGACUGGCGUAGAUCCGAAAGACGUCGACCUCGUCAUGAGUCAGGUCGAAUGCUCGCGCGCGCGCGCGGUGGCUGCUCUCAAGGCGAACAACAACGACAUCGUCGAGGCGAUCAUGGACCUCAGCGGCAACUGAGAAAAGAGGUCCAGCGACGCGAGUGGAGUGGAGCGUCGCGGAGUAUUCGGCGAGGAGACAGUUGAGGAGGCCUGCGGCGAAGGCCGUCGGCGCGCGGGACGGGAGGCGCAGGGGAGGAGGCGAGAUGGGGAAUUCGCGACAGCAAAGUUUUGGACGCGUUCGAUGGUCAGGCUGUGGGGUGGAGACGCGACACAGGGGGGGACCUGAGGCGCUGUGUGCAGUGGAGAGACAACGCCUGCGUCGUUUUGUUUUGCAGACUUUGAGGAACUGCAGAAGUUUUUUGCCACGGUUGCCGAGGCGCGCGACGCUCCAGUCCGGUUCAGAGAGAGCAGAGACAGAGUAAAUCGGUCAAAGCGAAGGGGAGAGUUGCUGAAAAACCAGGACGUUCCUGUGUAGCACACAGAGCGCAGAGAUUUCCCCGGUCGUCUUUCGGUCGCGGCCGACGCGCGGCAGCGGCACAGAGAAGAGAAGCACAGGCUGUCGAGAGAAAAAAAGCAGCGAAGGCCUCUGGGGCGCCGCGGAACUGUCUAGAGCGUAUCGAACGCACACAGGUGCAUGCAGUUGAAAACGAGUCGUUGCGGCGAUUUGCACACAAAGGAAACUGCAGAGUCGA